UAUGUGCGCGCCUGACUUCAGUGAGCGCGCGGUAAACGGCUUUUCUCGAUUUCACAUCGCAUUUCGUCGCUUCUGAGCGGUUUCUGGCGGUUGUAAACGGACUGUGGACCGGGUAUGUUUUCUCCCCGCGGCACACCGGGCUCAGGCCGCAGACAGGCGCCCCGAACCGGCGGACGGAGGAGUGUGAGCGUCGUUCAGCCCGGACUGCUGUUUUCUCCGCGCCGCUCCGCUGUCACAGCACGAUCUACUCCCACGCGAGUUCAGAGUCAUGCCGUCGUCGAAUCUUAUAAUUUUGAUGUGCAGACUUUUGGAUCGUCUCUACCUGUUAAGGUCAUGGAGGCGCUGACCAUGGCUGAUGUGGAUGAUCAGAUCUCGGUAAAGGUGGACGCGUCUGGUUGGGCUUGGAUGGUUUGUGGGGAGCGGCUGAUUGUGUGGAAAGUAUCUCAGACGUCUGUGGCGAAGCUGUCGGUGUGUAAGGACCUCCAGCUGCCACCCAGUGAGUUUGCAUACAGUGCUGAUCUGGUCUCCAUCAGUUCCUCCGGGCCGCUUGAUCUGGCUCCCAUUCAGUCUAUCAGUGCUUUGGCCGUGUCUCCUGAUGGUCUGGUUCGCUUCUGGCCCAGUCUGGCGCAUGAAGGGUCUUACACUGAGAUCUCUCUGGACCUGAGUGGACACUUGUCCAACUAUGUGGCCGCUGUUAAGGGUGGGAGUUUCAUCGUGUCUUCGUACCGUGGUCAUCUGCUCCGGCUCUCUGCAGAUUCCUCUGGGAAGCUGCACCACAGGCCUGUCCAGCAGGGUCAGGGGAUGCUGUCGGGCAUCGGCCGCAGGGUUUCCAGCCUCUUUGGGAUCCGUGGCCAACCAGCCGACCUCUCUGUGUACAGUGUGCUGUGGGUGAAGGCCUUCAGCUGUCUAUACUCCCUCAGCUCAUGUGGUCUCAGUAAAUGGGAGGUGGACGAGAACAGCGAGACGCAGGUUUUGAGCUGGAGCACCAAUCAGAUCAUCACCGACAGCAUUACAGACGCCAUCUGGGAUUCAGAAAGUAACUACUCGGAGAUCAAGAAAGGAGUGAACGUCUUGUAUCUGGACAUGCAGCACAGCAACGCGGGGCUGGUGGUGCUAGCAGCCGCCUGGUAUCCGGGCGAUACUCCAUGCGUGGCGUAUUUCUGUCUGGUCACGCUUGCAGAAAGCAUAGUGCCGUCCCCAGACCUGCUCACAGUGGAGGUCACCAAAUACAACCCACCAUUCCAGAGCGAGGAGGAGCUGCUGAAGACACGUCUGGUGUUGCCCGAUCCAUCGAGUCCAGCUGCGUAUCUCUAUAAUGAGGAGCUGGUGUUCGCCUGCAGCACCGGUGCUGGACGCGGAGGACUCGCUGAGGAGAAAAUCCUCUUCAGCUCUCCAGGUGACCGUGUGCGUGGCGGUGGGGUCUGCUCUGCUCUGCCGGUAUUUUUCUCACAGAACAGUGGACUGGUUGCUGUUUUAGCCAGAGAAACUGCUUCUCUUCUCCCUGAGACCAUGGAGGACUCGCUCUGCACUUCAGUGGCUGGACCAGGACCUGAGGGUACUCCAUUAGAGACGCCACCCAAAAUUGACAUGGUGGCCCAGGAGGACAAAACCAGACUUCUGAAGCAAGCAUUCCUGCAGUUCUGCCGUCAUGAUCUGGUCGGAGCUCAGAGUAUGGUGGAUGAGCUUUUCCCCAGUGAUGGAGAAGGAUCUGCUGAUCUGGAUACUGUGGUCACUCAGAUUGAUCUGGAUCUGGUGGAUGAUUAUCCUGCAUGUGACCCUCGCUGGGCCGAGUCUGUUCCUGACGAGGGCGCUGGAUUCACACUGACGUCCUUGAUCCUUCUCCAUCAGUUGGAGGAUAAGAUGAAGGCUCACCGCUGCCUCAUGGACUUCCUGCUACAGACAGGCCUUCUAGACCGUCUCGCUUCCACAAAGGUGCGCUCGUGCUCAAUGGCAACACGACUGCUGCUCUGCGAACAUGCGGAGAAGCUCUCGGCCGCCAUCGUGCUGAAGAACCAUCAUGCCAAACAUCCCGAACUGGUGAACACAGCCAUCCAGACGGCAUUGAAGAAGAACAGCACAGACACUCCGACCAACCUGACGCCAGCGGAUGUGUUCUUCAGAGAGGUGUCUCAGAUCUCCUCCAUCUUCGAGUGUCUGCUGGAUGAGGAGGAAAAAGCUUUGAAAGAGCAUCUGGACGCGGCUCGGUGGGGCUCGGUGGUGCUCAGCGUUAAUGACAUCAUCAAGGAUAUGCUUCAAGCAGCAGCGCAAUACAGAGAGACCAAAGCAUCUCUGUACAGAGCGCCUGAAAGCUGCAGCCCUGAGCCAGAGUACAUCCCGUGGACAGCUUCUGGAGGAGUCGGUGGAGUUCGGAGCAUCAUCUCUCGGCAGCACGAGCUAAUCCUGCGGGCGGCGUAUCCUCACGCAGACGCGGAGCUGCGUAGUGUCCUCUGUGAGCAGCUGGUGGCGCUGUUGGACUCUCUGCUGAGUGGCUACGUGGCUCAGCUGACGUCUCUGAGGCGCGGCGGACAGCAGGAGCGAUAUGACACUCUGGAAAACGAGUACACGCAGAAACGCUCAGAGCUGCUUAAGCCGCUCCUGGAGUUGGGUCAGCAUCAGUGGGUUGCAGCGCUGGCAGAAAAAUACUGUGAUUUUGAUAUACUGGUGCAGUUAUGUGAAAGAACGGAUAACCAGAGUCGACUGCAGCAGUACAUGGUCAAAUUCGCUGAUCAGAACUUUGCUGACUUCCUGUUCCGCUGGUACAUGGAGAAAGGCAAGAGAGGAAAGCUGCUCUCUCAGCCAAUGGCAACACACCAACAGCUGGCCAGCUUCCUGCAGGCUCACGAUCACCUCAGCUGGCUGCACGACAUACAUGUGCAGGAUUACCAGAGAGCCCAUCGUACUCUAUAUAAUCAGGCCAACAUGGAGACCAGAUACUUCAGCAAGAAGAAGACCCUGCUGGCCCUCAGCAAACUCACGGCUCUGGCGUCGGACAUGUCUGAACCCGUACUCUGCAAACAGCUCAGUGACAUAGUGGAGCAGGAGAGGUUUCUCCUUCACCAGGAGACUCUUCAACAGCUGCUGGAGGAGAAGCAGCUGAACCCAGACAGCAUGCCCUUACUGAGCCCUCAACACCUCAUUAGGUGACUGUACAUCUGCGAUGAGAAUCGUGGAGCCAACGAGUACGACUUCAAGAAAGCUCUCGAUCUGCUGGAGUACUUUAAGGCGAAGGACGGCGUUGAUGUUGAUGCUCUUAAGCGAGAGAUCUUCUGUAAAGCCUUGAAGAAAGAUUGGAAGGAGAGCUGGUCCUCUUCUGAUGGUAAUGAUGAUCCUCUAGAAGCGGCCAGAGACAGCACUUUUGUCAAGAUCCUACAGAAACUCAUACAAGAACAUGAUUCUCUGCAGACCUACCUGCCAGACGUGAAGGAUCUACUGCAGGAAGAGGAGCUGGACAGUCUCAAAUCAAAGCCGUAUUUUGAGUUCCUCCUGCGAGCCAUUUACGAGCACUACCUUAAUGUGCAGAUGUGAUGUUUGUUUCCUUGUUAAUAUGCCAACUUUUUGUACUGUUUCAUAAAAAAGACAAUUACAUGAUCCAACUCUUGACGUUUGUGAAUAAACUGUAUUUCUGUA